AUGAUAUCUUCUGAGCAAAACUUUCCUCCCCGUGCCCGGCGACAUUCACCAGAGUCGCCGGGCAGCGCAGACUCCGAGGAGAUUCCUGGUCAUUAUCCACGUGAACGGACCAGAUGGGCGCCUCCCGCACCCCCUGCACCUGGGGGAUAUCCUCAAAGCACAUCUUCUGGCCAUUCCUUUACGUAUCCUCAGGGUGUUCAUCCGUUCCCGCAUCAGAAUGGCCCUUCCUCCGAUCAGCUUGUCCAUAUUAACGGUCAACCAUUUAACGCUGGAUACCCCUACGGACCUCAGUAUCCUCACGGAGCUCCCAUACAUCCAUACUUUGCGCAAGACCAAGCGCACCCUCGACACCCUCCUCAUCAACCGCAAUCACGUAUGGAUCCUCACAAUCCCUCACAGCCACAAAUGCCACAUCCAAUGGCUCCUCAUGCACCCUCAGCCUACCCUGGCUCUCCCUACCUCCACGAGAUGAUUCAGUUCCCGUCCAAUUACUUUAACAACUUUCGACCUCCUUACCCUAUGUAUCCAGGAAUGGUGCCCCAGUCAUAUUUUCCAAAUUAUCCCCAACAAGUGCCAUCCCCAUCUCAACCCGAGCCCAAGUCACCACCGCCUCCAGCUCCUGCAGAAGAACCAAAGGAGGCCCCUAAAGACACUGCUCACGAGGACGCAAUCGCCCGACUCGAGAAGCUUAUCAUGGAUGAACGCACGGAGCGCGAAGAUAAGGAAAAGGCUCGGUUGGAGAGUAUACAGCGCGAGAAGGAUGCGGCAGCAGCUCUGGAGGAGCAGCUUGCACAUGACCGUAAGAUUACAACAGAAGCUGCUGCCCUGGCUCGAGCAGACGCAGAGGCAAAAGCAGCCGAAGACGCGGCCAAAGCCAAGGAAGAGGCAUCUGCUGCAGCUGCAGCUGCUGCAUCGGAGGCCGCCGCAGCAGCGACUGCAGCAGCAACGGCGGCAGCGGCAGCGGCGGUAACAGAGGCUGCAGCAGCAGCUUCCGCAGCUACUGAAGCUGCUGCCAGUAAGCCACCAGCGGAGAAGAAGAAGCCCAUCAAAUUCAAAGAUGCUGUUGGGAGAAAAUUCAGCUUUCCUUUUGAAUUAUGUUGUAACCUCAUCAAACAGGCCUUUCUACACAUCGACGUGAUCGGGCCUCAUGUUGCCGAGGGACACUAUGAUCUGGUGGGGCCAAAUGGCGAUAUCAUUCUUCCCCAGGUUUGGGAUACCGUUGUGGAGCCAGAUUGGUCAAUCACCAUGCACAUGUGGCCUAUUCCUGAGAAACCCAAGGAUCCUGAUCCUCCUCCUCCUCCGCCGGCUGAGGAACCUGCACCAGCUGCUCCUGUGAAGACCGCGGAGCCAAAGAAAGCUGCCACCAAGAAACCUGCACGCAAGCCUGCUGAGCCUCUAGCAUUUACUAAGUGGAUGAUUGGUAGCCGUCCUAGACCAAAACCUGCUCCAAAGAAGGCUGCUGAACCUGCCGCUAAGUGA